AUGAGCAAAUGUACAUUUGAAUCAUUACCAAAUGAACUUUGGUUCAUUAUAUUUUCUUAUUUAUCUUCAUUUGAUCUUUGUCAAGCAUUUCUUUACAUAAACAAUACUCGCAUUCAAUCUCUUCUUACUUCAAUUCAUCAUUCUCUCAAUAUUAAUUUCAUACAUUAUGAUCAACUACAUCUAUGGCUCAAUAGUGAUCAGAAUCAUAGAAAUCGUUUUACAAAUAUGAUAGAUACUAUUGUAUUGAAUUAUUCAUGUGGUUGCCAAACGUUACUUGAAUAUUGGGAAAAGACUUUCAAUGAAACUGAGCAAUCCAAUGUGCUCUUCGCAUCAGUAAAACGCCUUGUUGUGUUACAGGCAGAACAUCGUCCAUAUUCUCUUGUUCAACCAAUACUAGCACCUUUGGUUUCCAGUAGUAAUACAUUACAAUAUUUGCAUCUUAUCUUCACAAAACGUACAUACGAUUACUUCAAGAUACUUUCCGAUCUUAUUGAUUAUCGUGUUUCAGUUCAUACUAUGAUAUUAGAAGUUGAACAAGGUAUGUUAUUAAAACUAUUAUCGAAGUCAAUAACUUGA